GGGGCGGAGGUGUCUGGCUGUAAGCUCCGUGAGGGUGGGGGCCGUGUGCGACUCGAUCGCUUCUGCAACUCCUGCACCCAGAUCCGUGCUUGCACACAGCAGGCGCUCACUAAGUGACGAAUGCGUGAAGAAAUGGGCACGCGACGGGACAGAAUUCUCUGAGGCUCUGCAGGAUGAAUCCUCUGUCACCUCGAGUUACCUCUCUAAACCGCUUCAGCAGUUCACCCCUUCCUCUCUCCUUCCUCCUGCAGACGCGGCCCGCCCACCCCUGCUCCCCAAAAUGGCCAACUUCACACCAGUCAAUGGCAGCUCGGGCAACCAGUCUGUACGCUUGGUCACAUCAACCCAUAACCGCUACGAGACCGUGGAGAUGGUAUUCAUCGCCACGGUGACGGGCUCCUUGAGCCUGGUGACUGUCGUGGGCAACAUCCUGGUGAUGCUGUCUAUCAAGGUCAACAGGCAGCUGCAGACAGUCAACAACUACUUCCUCUUCAGCCUGGCGUGCGCCGAUCUCAUCAUAGGCGCUUUCUCCAUGAACCUCUACACCGUGUACAUCAUCAAGGGCUACUGGCCCCUGGGCGCCGUGGUCUGUGACCUGUGGCUGGCCCUGGACUACGUGGUGAGCAACGCCUCCGUCAUGAACCUUCUCAUCAUCAGCUUCGACCGGUACUUCUGCGUCACCAAGCCCCUCACCUACCCUGCCCGGCGCACCACCAAGAUGGCGGGCCUCAUGAUCGCCGCCGCCUGGGUGCUGUCCUUCGUGCUCUGGGCGCCUGCCAUCUUGUUCUGGCAGUUCGUGGUGGGCAAGCGGACGGUGCCGGACAACCAGUGCUUCAUCCAGUUCCUGUCCAACCCCGCGGUGACCUUCGGCACGGCCAUCGCGGCCUUCUACCUGCCCGUGGUCAUCAUGACGGUGCUGUACAUCCACAUCUCCCUGGCCAGUCGCAGCCGGGUUCACAAGCACCGGCCCGAAGGCCCCAAGGAGAAGAAGGCCAAGACCCUGGCCUUCCUCAAGAGCCCCCUGAUGAAGCAGAGCCUCAAGAAGGCCCCGCCCGGGGACGCGGCCCCGGAGGAGCUGCGCAACGGCAAGCUGGAGGAGGCCCCGCCCCCGGUGCUGCCGCCCCCGCCGCGCCCGGUGGCCGACAAGGACACGUCCAACGAAUCCAGCUCCGGCAGCGCCACACACAACACCAAGGAACGCCCGCCCACGGAGCUGUCCACCACAGAGGCCACCACGCCGGCCCUGCCCGCCCCUCCCCUACAGCCUCGGGCCCUCAACCCCGCCUCCAAAUGGUCCAAGAUCCAGAUUGUGACGAAGCAGACUGGCAAUGAGUGUGUGACAGCCAUCGAGAUCGUUCCGGCCACACCCGCUGGCAUGCGUCCAGCGGCCAACGUGGCCCGCAAGUUCGCCAGCAUUGCCCGCAACCAGGUGCGCAAGAAGCGGCAGAUGGCGGCCCGGGAGCGCAAGGUGACCCGGACCAUCUUUGCCAUCCUGCUGGCCUUCAUCCUCACCUGGACUCCCUACAACGUCAUGGUCCUGGUGAACACCUUCUGCCAGAGCUGCAUUCCCGACACAGUGUGGUCCAUCGGCUACUGGCUCUGCUACGUCAACAGCACCAUCAACCCCGCCUGCUAUGCCCUCUGCAAUGCCACCUUUAAAAAGACCUUCAGGCACCUGCUGCUGUGCCAGUAUCGGAACAUCGGCACUGCCAGGUAGGCAGGCAGGGUGCCACAGAAGGUGCUGGUGGUCACGUGUGUGCGCUGAGCCAUGUGGUCUCUCACGUGGCUGUUGGGGAGAGAUCUGGAAGCAUCUCUCCGUGUUCACGUUCACCGAAGAGAACUGAGGUCCCCAAGACCCCCGUGAGGCUCAGGAAGAAGCUCUGGCUGGAUUCAGAGAGACCAGAUCUCCGCUCAGGCUGAGGAGGGUCAGCCCCAGAAGCGUCUGAACAGAGACUUUCCGGCCCACCUCCGCUGCCCCACCUCCACUGCCCCACCUCAGGGAGCUGGGAGGCACUGGCCUUCUGGGGCACCCACCCCACUGUGACCAACCAGCAUGGCUGGAAGAAUGGACAGCUGGAGGGGAGCAAAAGCCCAGGAUUCCCUUGGGAGGAGCAAAGGAGCCGAUGCUUGGGAAAGGAGGCUUGGGAGGCGAGGGAAAGGGUAGGGUCCCCCCAUUCUGCUGUAGUUGGUGCUUUCCCCCUGCUGCACCCCGCAUGUAGGCCCAGCCCCUCCUCCCGGGUCCCAUUCCAGGGGCAGAGCUCUCCCCUUGCUGCAGCUACUUGGCCAGGCGCUGGUUGGGUGGGCUAGCUGAAGGCCAGGCGCUGUGGGCUCUCAGGCACCGCCCCCCCCCCCCCCCCCCCCCCGCCAGCACUGUCCUGGUCACUGUCAGGAUGGGGCAGCUGGGAUGUCAGGGUCUCACACUCAGGAACUGAGUUCUGCCUUCCUGUGGUCCCAUGCUGAGCAGAUAGCCCACCCCCCAACUUCUGAAGAGCCACCCAGCAGGCUUCUGUUGUGUGAGAGAGGCUGGGAGAAUGGGGGCAGACUCAACCCACACAGGCUUCAGUGACGGGGUGUGGGGGGUGUGUGGGGGGGUGAGGCAGGCAGGCAGCCCCCAUCUCUUUUUUCCCAAUGGAUGGAACCUUCGAUUGGUAGUGGGCUCUACCAAAAGACCUUUGCUUGAGAGUGGCUGAGAUGAGGAGAGUCUGUUCUAGGGAGCCUUCUGGGUUCCCUCCCAGUCCUGGUGUGGCCCCUGGAAAGACCAGACUGACAGGCUCAGGGGACUGGAUGGGAGUCAGUAGGGGCCC